GGUGUAUUAUGGGCUUUCAAUAAAGCGGUGUGGCUGCUUUCGUCUUCUAGUAUAACUCGUUUUCUUUCGUCGCUUGUCCCCAAUUAAAAAUCGCAUUAUUUUUUGACAAUCGAGUGAUGAUCAACCAAUUACGUGGAUGUGAUAAAAGAAGAUAUAUAAAAGCCCAAGAGCAUAUCCAAAUGAAUCAUAUGUAAAUACAACGUUAUAAAACAAGUCACCUGGUCUUUUCAUUAGGUAAGUUUGCUUAUGUCGCUAUGGAUGGCGGGACUACUAGAAUUAACUGACACUUCUGGAAACCUGAAACCUAGAGGUGAAUUCAAUCGCUCAGAGACAUUUUACCGCGAACUUGGGUUAGCCGCUGACAAAUCGAUAACGCUUGUCCAACAAUAGUGGAAGCCACAGCAAGGCUUGUGAGAUUGAGCGUAAUUUCCCAUUAUGUAGCAAGCAGGGGCAUACUUCAUGGCCUUAAAGGGGAUGGAUAGGUCGCUAAACUCAUUGAAUUCAAAGAGAAAUCUAAAACUGCCGCCAAUCCAGGGUGCUUUACCGGCUAAUACAUUUGGUCAUGCGACAUGGACUGCUCACAAACCGCCUUCUCUAACAACACAGCCUGCGAGGCCAGUAAGAACACGCAUCCCUAGAGAAACAAUCAGUUUGAACACCCAGAACAUUGUAUGUACAGCUCGGCAACCGGUGCAAUCCCGUGUCAACACAGCUACUCACCGAUCGAGUCUCGCCGCUUACUAUGAUCCGAAUCAUGUAGUCAAAUCAGUAGACGUGACCCUAGGACAUCAGUUUCCCAAGUCGUAUGAUGUUCUGCCUCCGAUUAGGAAUAAGCCGUCUAAUGCAGAGCGACGAUCGGGGGAAAGGACAUCUCAAAAUGGGGUAUCACCCAGCGAGAGGGAAGGUAGACAUUCGGGAAAGUCCCCUGGAGUAGCGAGCGAACUCUUGUCUGAGAGAAGGCGUGAGCGUCAGAAUCGGCAGAAACAAAAACAAAGUAUAUCCUCGAGUGAAGGAUCUUCUGAAAAAACUACUGCAGUUUCGGAGAACGGGAAAGAUGAAAAACCUGAAGGGAAAGUUAAAAACAGCCCCACUUUUUUACUGUUUUUAAAAUGCACCCGAUUUGGACGCCGUGGUGGGGUAUGUGUGGACAACGAAGGCACUCUAGAAAACGUAACCGAACAGCUGAAGGAGAUUUUCUUGAGGAGAAAUAUGGAAGAGAUGUAUUUGAUCUAAAUCUGCUGGCUUUUACACUUUGAAUUCAUCAUAUUUCAUGCUUGCCUUCGAUAUUUUGGGGAGAGAGAUGGAGAGAAUAUCGUUCCUCUUAAAUACAUUACGAUAUUUUAACAUACAAUGUUAAUUUACUCAAACACGAUAUCACCUUAGAGACAUCGGGAAAGAAAUCGAUUUUAUCUUCCGCAAGUUAUAUUACCUUUUACAUUCAAAAGAGUCGUUUACGGAUUACUUACAAAUCGAUAGAAAAGUCAUUGUCCAAAUGAACCGUGGAAAUUCGCUAAACUCGGUCUUCUAUUAUUGAUCUCUAGUGUCUAGAGUUUUAUGUCAAUUUUCAAAAUAAGAUCAGAACUUGAGAUUCUCGAAUUAUCGGUUUGUCUGCUUUUGUUUUCCUUUGAUAUCGAAAAAACGAUUACGUCCAUUCUUGGCGCGCGCUGAGCCCUUCUAAGGCGCUCUUUUAGAUAAAAGAGAACAGACUUAUUGAUGAUUAAAAUUCGGGAUUUCUCCUUUCCCUUAGUAUACAGACGCAGUGUGCUGUGUACAUUAUUUUAUUGUUAUGUUAUAUGUUGGAUGGAUAUGCUCUGUGAGCCAUUUAUGAUAUCAUUUCCAUUCUAAAAACAAAUGUACAUAAUAUUUUUCUAUGAGACGAAGUAAAACAGAGAAAACACUCGUGAUCGACCAGUCAUUGUAUAUUUGCAUUUGUAAAGAGUGUUUCUUUUGUAAAUGAAACCAAGGUUACUUACGCUAGAUCAAAACUUAUAAAUAAGUGUACUACA